AUGACCAAUAAAGGAAUCAGCCAAGAUUUCAUCAAUGAUGUCACUCAGAGGAUCUAUAAGAUCCAGGAGUACUCUAAAACGACAGGAGAUGACGUAACCCAUCUGCUAUUGCAGAAUCUUACGCAUCUAGAACUCUCGCACCAAAAAGAAGAAAACGAACACUCUAGAUCGCUUGCAGAACUGCCAGCUGGUAUUCCUCUACCACAGGAUUUGGAGAAAAAUAAGUUUCCCGUUGACGAAAGCUUGGUUUCUGAUAUAACCUAGAGUUUCUUAUAGCUUGAAAUUAGCUAUUAUUAACUUUAUAGCUUAUAUAUUGAUCUAGUAGUAGUGAAGCCUUGCUUGGCAAAUUCCUGUUGUUUUAUAUCCUAGAGAGAGUUAUAAGCAGCCCUGCGUUAUAUUUCAGAUCUAAGCGAUCGAUCUCAGUCGCAUAUUGACACUGCAAUAUCAAUCAAAAAACAGACCAAACAGAUGUAUAAAGCAUUAACAUUAAUUUAAUAUAUAUAGAAGUCCGCUGUAAUUCCCACCUAAGGGCCUACCUUCACUCGUAACGUUCACUCGGCUGCUCACCACCAGCAGGCUCAUAGCCUUCAAACUGUUGUUUCUUCUGGACGAGGAUGUGCCACUACUCGAAGUUGGAUGACUUGCGCCACCAUGGAGUAUCAACAGAGUUGUCCAUUCCUAGAACUGUCUGCAAAAAUGGAAUCCCAAAGCCUGGGACGUAACGCCCAGUUUGACGCUAAGAAGUUGCCCGAUUGACCAAGUGGAAGUUCUUGAUACAGCUGAGCCUUGGAAGCCAUUUCCCCUGAGGUAAAAACCCUAGCAUCAGAAUGAGCUGCGGUCAACCAAAUUUGAUGUUGCCCUCACUGUGCCAAGGAAAAAUCUAGCCGGAUACACAUACCAAAAAGCACCAAAAUCCCUUCCACAAAGUCCCGCCUCCCUGUGGGACGCCGGCUACAGAUGUUGAGCCAUCGCUAUUUUAAUGUAUAUGCAGAUGUAUAAAGCAAUAAACGAAAAAUUGACUGCUUUUAGAGCUGCUUCACAAAAUUUGGCGGGAUUUACAAAUGUGGACUCAGAUAAAAUUUCGGUCCUUUUUUCCGAGCUUGAUAAUAUGAAGAGGACUAUUUUUGAAUUUAUUGAAGACUCGUCAACAAUUAAAAAAGCCCAGUCUGCAAGCUUGUAUCCCGAGUUUGAUGAGAGCUCAAUACCCACAAUUCAUCGAGAAAAUCAUAGUAUUAUUCAGGUUAUAAAUCUUAAAUUAAUUAAAUAUAGCUUCAACCCUUUAUUUAGCAGCAAUAAUUUUGUUUAUUUUAAAAGAUACAUAAAUGUCAAUUUUUCUAACAAAUACUAUAGUGAUUUACACUAUCUAGAACGGGGCUUUUUUUGAUAGUUCCAACAGCAAAAAAGCCCCGUUCUAGAUAGUGUAAGUCACUAUAUUUAAAAUUGGUAAAUUGAAAAUUAUAACUCAUAUUAAUUGCAGUAAAGGUAAUUGUCAGAAUAGAUAAUGAACUAGGAAGGCAAAGAGGCUGAGGCAACUUAGAAAAAUUAAUUAAAAAAUUAAGCCAGGUUAUGAGCAAAAUUAAUGAAUUACAGAAAGAAAUGCACAAAAUUUCUGCACAAAUGGUGUGCAGUGAAAAAGAACUGCAGUUUAAAGAGGAAGAAAAUUUGAUGUUAAAAACACAGUUGAAAUCCUUAUUCCAACCUCCGUGAGCGAACAAAAAAAUUUUUGUUCGCUCGAGGAAGGGAGUUAAUUUUUUUUAAAAAAAUUAUAUAUAGUCAGUGUCACUAACUUUAUAGAAAAUUUUUUAUUCAAAAUCUAAAACAAUCCCAAUUGCAAAAUCGGAAAGCAAAUAUUAAUUAAUUUGUAAACUUUAUGUUUUAAAAUCAAAUUGUUUAAAAUUAAACAGAAUUAGUCUAAUUAUCACUUAUAUAUUAAAAAAUUCAUAAAAGAUUUUUAUAUUGUUCGCUCACGGAAGGUAGGCUUUUGGCCAAAAAUAGGAAAUUUUCCAAUGAUGCAGGGGAUAGUUAGAAAAUGUGGCUCAGACAUAUAUAAAGUUGGAGGAAGCGAAGCCAAAUCUAAAGAAAACGAAUUGUGUAUGCGCUUUGUUUUAA